UGACGCCUUGGGACGGAUCGUGCGCGUCGCGAGGUUCGCGGUGUAACGUGCCGCCGCCGCAGUGCUGCACAUACGCACGCGCGUUCUCGCAUACGUGUUUUACUAUUAUUACUAUAUCGUAUUUUCACGACCACGUCCGAGUCUGACUCUGAGCAAGAGUACACUUUCCGUUCACAGGCACAGCCGAUAGCACGUCGGUUCAUCAGUCGCCUCAGACGGCAGUCUCUUCUCGCACCCACACUCGCACGCGCGCACACGUUAAAACGCAUAUUUCGUGCAAAUCACAAUAACUUAAUAAUAUUGUUGUUAUUAUUCAACUGUCGAUAGUGUUUUUCAUAUACUCCGGCGUCCACGCGUUUCGUUUUCAACUCGGUCGUCGGUUAGGUUGCAACAGAGCGACGCGGCCGAUUCCACACACCCCCGUUGUUCCGCGCUGCCAGUCGUCGUCGUCCCUCACGUCCCGCCGGUAUUAUUUGCCCACCGCCGAACUUUGUGGACGAAUAAACACCACCAAACACAUUAAACCUACCUACCUAUUGUACGUUAGCGGGACAACCGUCACACGGAAUACUACGAACACACGUCGCAAUGGUCCGCCUUAUGAUGCACCCGGAACCGUCCAACUACUCGUACGUGUUCGACUUCGAGGAGAACUUCCACUACGAAUGGACGCGGCAGUGGAUGACCGAGAACUGGACCAACGGGUUCUACUACUGCACCAUCUACGCCAUGCUGGUGUUCGGGCUCCGGCGUAUGAUGCGCGAUCGUGCCGGCUUCCGGCUCAAAGGGCUGCUGGUGCUGUGGAACGUGAUGCUGGCCACGUUCAGCUUGGUCGGCUUCGCCCGAACGGCGCCCGAGCUGUUCCGGGUUCUCAACAAAUACGGACUGCACCACUCUGUGUGCGUCACCAGCUAUCUCAUAGACGACAAGGUGUCCGGGUUCUGGUCGUGGGUGUUCGUCCUGUCCAAGCUGCCCGAACUGUGCGAUACCAUAUUCGUGGUGAUGCGCAAGAAACCGCUCAUCUUCCUCCACUGGUACCAUCACAUGACCGUGCUGAUGUACUCGUGGUUCUCGUACUCAGAGUUCACGUCGUCCGCCCGGUGGUUCGUUGUCAUGAACUACUUCGUGCACUCGAUGAUGUACUCGUACUACGCGGCCAGCGCCAUGGGUUACCGGAUGCCCAAGCAAGUGUCCAUGUUCAUCACGGCCAGUCAGCUGACGCAGAUGCUGGUCGGCUGUUUCAUAAACUACACCACGUUCGGUUACCUAAAGGCCGGUGGCCAGCAAUCUUGCCGGGUGUCCCAGACCAAUGUCACGGUGUCGUCCCUGAUGUACUUUAGUUACCUGUUGCUGUUCGGCCAGUUUUUUUACAACGCGUACUUCAACAAAUCCAAAAAAUCGUCCAAGACCAAACAACAGUGAUCACGGAAGACAUGUGUUAUUAUUACUUUUUAGUUAUUAUACUUACUGGUUUUUAACAAAGUGCUAUUAUUUAUUAUUAUUUUCGAGAUCAAUUCGCUCUGCGACAUAUUUAUUUACAAAUUAGACUUAUUUUUCAUUUUGGUAUUAUUAUACAUUACUUAGGUAUUAUUAAACAUAAUUAUCGUUUUUUUAUUUUAUCGAAGCGUUAUUGGGCGAUUAAUUGUAUUAUUUUUGAAUUUAAUAUUUUUUUUUUCUUUUCUUUUUGUUACAUUUAGGAAAACGUAUUAUUUUUCCUUCUUAGACAAUAUUUGUUUUGGUUUAUAAGCUUAAGCAAAUUUAAUCUUUACCUAUUCCAAUUACUGAUUUAAUUUAAUUUAAAUUUUAUUCCUUGAAAAAAGUAAUGUCUCUAAAUGAACGAGGUGUCGAGGUUGUUUAGGCAUUGUUGAUAGAUGGAUAUGGGCGUACAAGCCAUAUAAUUUAGUCUUAAAAAUAAUGUUGUAUUUGCCAUGUAUUUUAAUAUUUUUGUUAUUGUUUAAAAUUGUUCUAAAUUGACUGUUGUUUUUUGUAUAAUAUAUUUGUUGUAAUUAUUAUACAAUUUCUUGCAGUAA